UUCAUGGUUCAACCAAUUGAACUGUCUGGUUGGAUUUGUCAAACAUUGGAUUUGACACUAGUUGAUAUAAUAAUUAGUUGUGUUGUGAACAUAAUUGAUAAUUUAAUAUGCAAGGUUUUCAAAUAGUCAAUAAUAGUAUUCCUUUCUUCGGUACUUUCCUUGAAAAGGCUAUUUAUAACAGCACCAAUUAGCACAUAUAUUAGUUUUGUUAAUGUUUUUGGAAUAAUUCAAAUUUCUGAAAUUCCUUAAUCUGAUGAAGUCUUUUGGAGCCUCUCCAAGUAGAUGCUUUUUUGUCAUUGACCAUGAUGAUAAUUUCCUCAAAACUCCAACAGAUAAAGAAAACUCAAAGAGGGAUUGCACAAGAAAGGAAAGAAGCAGUUUUGCAUAUAGUAUUCAUGAACAUGUGAAAUUAGGUCCUAAAUUUUCUGAGACUUUGAAGGGUAAGUUAAGUUUAGGUGCCAAAAUUAUUCAAGAAGGUGGAAGAGGUAACAUUUUCAAGCAUAUUUUUGGGAUGCAAGAGGAAGAGAAACUCUUGAAAGCUUCUCAGUGCUAUUUAUAUACCACAGCUGGUCCUAUUGCUGGAAUUCUAUUUAUCUCCACCGUAAAAGUUGCAUUCUGCAGUGAAAGGCCUACAAGCUUCUCUUCUGCAGAUGGGGACUUAGUAAAGGCACCUUACAAAGUUUUGAUACCAAUGGAGAAGAUAAAAGAGGUGAAUGAAAGCAUGAAUGUGAACAAGCUAGAACAGAAAUAUAUAGAAGUAGUGACUAAGGAUGACUCUGAAUUUUGGUUCAUGGGAUUUUUAAGGGAAACUUGAUCAACUCUAAGAACUUUGUGUGUGGGCAUAUAGGGAAUGAGUUGAGUACUAAAAGCAAGUUAUUAAAGGUAUGAUAAUUGUUUCUCUUGUUGAAUGUGCAAUUUUCAUAGAAACAUUUUUGUUUCUUUUACAACAAAUUUAAGCCUUUUUGUCAGUGGUUCUCUGCUACUGUCUUUUGUUUACAACACAAACAACAUAUAGAAAGUAGAAGAUAAAACAAGAGAUAGAGAAAUAAGAGUAUAAAAUGGUGUGCAUACACUUCAAUAUAAUCAUAUGAUGUACAUGUUUUCUUUAUAUUGGAGAAAAGGAAAAGUAUUACUAUUAAUUACAGUGGUAUUAAUCAUCAUUUUACAACCAUUCUUGAAAGGAUUUGAACUCCGUACCUUUAUGUUGUACGAUCAAACUCUUAUCACCAAACUAGCACUUUAUAAAAACAUGAGUUACAUAAAUGCAUAACAUUUAUGAUAUUCAUGUCUUUCCGAAAACAAAGGUCUGGUCCAAUUUUGAUUAGUUUUAUUCAUUUCUAGUAUUAUUUAACCUAGAAUCCCUUUUAAACAUAACCCUAAAUGAUGGAAUUUUAUCACUAAGAGCUAAAUGCUUACAAUAACCAACCGUCUUUACUUACUCCAUACAAGGAGUGUGUUAGAGAGAAGCAAAGAACAAAGUAAUGUUAUAUCAGAUACAUGUGCGAUACAACAAAAAGAAUUCAAAGAAAACCAUUACAAGAAAUUAAGAUGAUUUAGCCACCAUGUGGUAGUCAAAAGCGAAGUUGUUGUGUUUGGCUUUUAGCCAGCCAAAUAAGAUUUCGCUUUUAUGUUGUCGAGCAAUUGGUAGAUAUAUUAUCAUUUUUAUUCUUGACGAUUCUUGAAUUUCUUUCUUUCCAUAAGACCCAAAUUGUAGAAAACAAAAUUAAUUGAAAAUUGUAGAAACCUCUUAAGGAGCCAAAUUGAGUUAAACAAUCCAAAAUAUGAUAAGGAGUAACCAUGACGAAGCCUAAUUAAUUCAAAACAACGAUCCACAUUUGUCAAAAAAGUCGCGGUGAAGAAACAGAUGAGCCACU